CAACAAAACAAGUCGCUGCACGUCUGAAGGGGUGUCAAGUCGGUGCAGCUCUCGUCCGCACUUCUCUCUUGAAACAGAGUCUCGGCGUUGAUCCGAAUUCCGCAGCUCGAAACAAGGCGAAAACCAUCGCAUUUCUCUGUGACUUAUUCAGAUCUGCAGAAAUGAACCGAUUAGGCUGUGAUCCUCCGUCGGCAGGUCGAAUCCGAGCUGCAGGAAACAGAUUCAAUAUGGGUGCAAAUUUGUCACCAUCGGGUGUCUCUAUGAUCGACCCUGUGAAAACCAGCAGUCGAGUGCACUGCAAGGAUGAUGAUGACUACACUGUCCAGCUUCUUGACCACAUUUUCCAGACAACAUAUGGGCAAGGUUCUCUCUCCUGUUCGUCAACCUCACCUGAAUCGUCGCCAGCCAAGAAAAACCAACUCGAAGGCCGUGUGCGUUGCGCCGCUUGCAGGAAGAUUUACCUCGCUGAGGAGAAGAGUGAGUUGGAGAAGCACAUUGCGGACAGCAAGUGUGUCAAUUGCCACCGGACCUUUGCCUGCCGCACUCGUCUCAAGCAACACCACACCAAGGGCUGCAAGUUGGUCACCACCACCAGCCAUGCUUCCCAGUUAGUCUGCAAAAGGUGUUCGACCCGAUGCUACAAGGAGAGUGACAUGAUUGACCAUCGCAGGUACAAAACCUGUGUUUACUGCGGUGGCAGUUUCAACUGCGCCACGUUGGUCAAGAGGCACGAGGCGCAGUGCAAACAAAAGCGGCAGACCCUCUCUGACCUCGAGUGCAUUGUUUGCACAAAGAAGAUGGGUUCCGUCCUUGACCUCAACGCCCAUUUCGAGAACCUCGACUGCAGCUGUGGCCUGAAAUUCGCAUGUCGAGGAGUCUUGCAGUUUCACAAAGACACUUCGGGGAUUUGUGGAGGAGAAGGAGAUAACAACAAUGAUGAGGAGAAGACUUCAGAGAAACAAGACAGAAUGAGAUGUACUGCAUGCGAGACCAGCUUUGACUCUCCGAAAGAUCUCAGUUGCCACCAGGCUGAAAAAGAGUGCCUUCGCUCGAGCCAGCCUUCAACCUUGACUUCGCCAUCAAAGUCCCUCCAAGAGGAAUCCGAGGAAUCUGAAGCAAUGGAAUGUGAUACAGAUUCAGAAGAGGAAUGCAGUGAUUGUCCUUACUGCAAACUUCCUAUUUCGUCAUUUACUGAGUGGCACAAGCAUCUCGGUAUAAAGCACAUUUGCGAGUGGUGCUGCAGCACUUUGAAGUGCAGUGGCGCACUGGAGCAGCACCAGAAGACCUGCUUUUCGGCGGUCGUUGACCUCAGGUGCCAGCACUGCAACUUUGCCCUCGGCAGUGGGGUUCGUCGAAUGCUGCACUGCGAGCCGAGGAGCUGCCAAAGGUGCGGCAAAAAGCUUAGGUGUGAAACGCUCAAGAGGGAGCACGUCUGCGCCCUGCCAAUCGACGAUCCCCGAGUGCCCAGUCCUGACCUUCCACCCGGUGCUGUGGUCAACCCGUACAUCCCUGAGAUCAUCGAUGUGCCUGUCGAGAUGGAGGAGCGGGAAGAGCCUGAGCUCGUCGAAAUCACAGACUGCGCCGUCAGCACUGAUGAUGAUGACGUCGUCAUUCUGCACGAUCUCAAAGACCGUACUUGUCUGUAAACUUGAAAAAGUAUAAAAUUUUAUUCUGUUUUAUGAAUAUUCAAAUAUUUUUUAGUUUGUGCGUAAAUUAAAUCUCAGUUCCUCAAAAGUUUUAAUAUGUUUAAGUAUAAAAAGUGUCGCUGACAAGAUUGAUUUGUCGCCAAUAAUAGGCAAACCCAGAGAUAAAUAAAUUUGAUAUCUCACCUUGAAA